AUGGCAACCAACAUCCACUACCACCCAACGCCUUUGACGCCCAAGAUCCGAGCAGGACUCCGCCAACAACAGGGCCUGACGAUCUGGCUGACAGGACUGUCCGCGAGCGGCAAAUCGACCAUCGCGGUGGCGUUGGAACAGGCACUGUUACGCAAGCCGUACAACAAGGCGGCCUACCGGCUGGACGGCGACAACAUCCGGUUUGGGUUAAACAAGGACCUAGGGUUCUCGCCCAAGGACCGCGAGGAGAACAUCCGGCGCAUCGCCGAGGUGGCCAAGCUGUUCGCUGACUCGGCCACCUUCGCCAUCACCAGCUUCAUCAGUCCCUACCGAGCGGACCGCGACUUGGCCCGCCAGUUGCACGAGGCUGAGCGGCCCGGCGGCGACCCAGGCGUCCCCUUCGUCGAGGUCUGGAUCGAUGUCCCCGUCGAGGUCGCCGAGCAGCGCGACCCCAAGGGCCUCUACAAGAAAGCUCGUGAGGGCAAGAUCCCCGAGUUCACCGGCAUCAGUGCCCCCUAUGAGGAGCCCUUGAAGCCCGAGAUCCAUAUCCACAGCGACAAGACUAGUGUCGAAGAUGCUGUCAAGAUCAUCGUCAAGUAUCUCGAGGACAAAGGCUACUUGACCACUCCAGAAGCUGUGGACGAUGAGGCAUAG